AUGCCACCUUCUCACAUCUCCAAUGUGGGCCGUCAAUCUAGUACUGGGGUAGGAAAGUCUUACACUUGCACAUACUGUCAGCGUGACUUUCGACGUCUGGAGCACCUCCAACGUCAUGUGAGACUCCAUACAAAUGAAAAGCCAUUUGCAUGUGCCUGUGGACAGUCAUUUGCCAGGAAAGAUCUUCUAAAGCGUCACCACCGAAUCGCCCAUGGUGGCGAUCAAAAUCUGACACCCUCGCGUAAAGAAGUGCGCUCACAAGCUAGUGAACUGCAUUCAGAUACUGUCUCUCCCUCGGGGAAUCGCUCCUCGCGGGUUGAGACCCCAAAUACGACAGAGCCUUUUAUCUCACCAUCUACUCCAGCCUUUAGCGCUACAGUGGACACAAGCUCGCGUGUGUUAUCAAAUGGAAACCAACUGCCGGGGUAUAAUUCAUCAGCGAAUGUACCCGCUGUAGAAGCAACAGCAAACACACUGUCUGCUGGAAUCAGCUCAGGUGAUACAGUGAUUCAUACUACUCAAGAGCCAGUCAUCACAUUUCCCGAUCCACACAAUUUCUAUGACCCUUUGGAGGACUUUACCAGCUUCAUCGACAGUAUGGGUCUGGCCCUUGAUUCGGAGAGUCUCGUCGAUCUCAGAAGUAUCCCACUAGAGCAUGCACCGCUAUCCAAUGUGCUCCAUGCGGAUAGCUAUCACGCUCGUGUCCCCCAAAAUUCAAGGCCAGACUACGACGAGGAGCAAAGCGAGGGUGUUCAUAGGGCGCAGUCACCCACGUUAUUACCCAUUCCAUUGAAUCCAGCAGCGGUGCAGGCAGCCGUAUAUAUGCCACAGUUAAAGAUUACGGAGGCACAGAGGGCACACCUUGUGCAAGCCCUCGGCCCAUUCCAGCAUUUAAUGCCUGGGUUCACCCUGCCAUCUCGAGACUCUUUAACCCGAUUCUUAAAUGCCUAUUUUGACAGGGUUUAUCCGCAUUUCCCCUUCAUGCAUGGCCCAUCGUUUCUGCCAGAAAACUAUUCCUUAGAGUUGAUUUUAUCAAUGGCAGCAUCUGGUGCCCAAUAUCGGUAUGAGCACCGUAAAGGCCGGGUACUCUUUUACGCAUCGAAAGCAAUUUUCCAUGAGCGGCAGCGACACAGAGAGGCAACCUCGUGCAAAUCUGACCUAUUGCCCCAGCCGAUCAUAGUAAACCCUGACCCUUAUUCACCAAGUCCGACAAUUACGGAUGAUAUCAGAUGUCUACUAAAUCUGGCUAUAUACGCAACCUGGCAGCAAGAUCCCGAGGUUGUAAAAGGUGUUUGUGGUCUUCAAAGCACACUUGUCCGUCUGUUGAGAGAAAGCGGAUUGGUGGAAGUGAACAUUCCAGACUCGGACGAACUUAACUGGCAGACAUGGUUACGGCUGGAGCUGGAUCGCCGUGUUAAACUAUUUGCGUUUGCCUUCCUGAACCUGCAAAGCAUUGCAUAUAACCUACCACCUAUUCUCUUGAGUCACGAAAUCAACCUUCGACUCCCGUGCACCUGUGAGGAGUGGAGGGCGGUCGACGAGAGCAAUUGGAGACAAUUUCGCAGGGAUAUUCCCCGAGAACAGAGCCUUUUCCAAGACGCCCUAGCCUUUCUCUUAGCGGGCAAGGAUUCCCCGAGCUCAAUUAAGCCAAUCCCUUCCCCGUCAGCCAGCAUCAUUCUGAUACAUGGGCUGCUUCACCGCAUUCUCCUUAGUCGACAGGCAUCGCUGUCAGGUGUUGUUGCGUCGGAUCAGCUGGAUAUAUUUGAGAAUGCCCUGCGACGCUGGACAUCUACAUGGCAACUCGCACCCGAAUCCAGUCUUGAUCCUCUGAACCCUAACGGUCCGAUACCUUUUACAUCUACCGCGUUGCUUGGAUUGGCAUACACCCGGCUUCAGUUAGACCUCGGGCCCUGUAGAGCGCUGAUGACAAGAGACCCACGACAAAUAGCCUCCACAUUACUUGACUCCGGGCCCCUUAUUCGCAGUCGCCGCCUCCUUCCCGCUCUACUCCAUGCCACCCACGCAUUGAGCAUCCCAGUAAAGCUAGGCCUGGAGUACAUAUCUCGAAGCCAAGCCUUUGUAUGGAGUAACCAACACGCACUCUGCGGCGUAGAGUUCGCAGUUCUACUGAGUAAAUGGCUGCACGCUGUAGGCGAAACGCAGGAAAAGCAACCCCUGGAAGAACAUGAGCAACGGCUCUUAAACUGGGUCCGUCGAAUCGUCGAAGAAGGCAGAACAUCUCUCGAUGAUAGUGAGGAUAAUACAUCUGAUGGGCUUAAUUGUGAAAGACUAGCAUUUUUCGUAGUACACUUGUGGGCACGGAUCAUGCGCGGGAAUGCCCAGUGGCCUUUUAUAGAUAUCAUUGGGCAUAGUUUGGAGUUAUACGCAAGCGGACGUUAUGUGCUAUCAUAG